AUGGAGACCUCCAGCACCUUCCUGUACUUCGCCUAUGGCAGUAACCUGCUGAAGGAACGCCUGACACUGAAGAACCCGUCCGCCACCGUGCACUGUGUGGCCCGGCUCAAGAACUUCAGGCUGGUGUUUGGGAACCACAAGGGGCGGGCCAGUGAGCGAUGGCAUGGGGGAGUGGCCACCAUCGAACACAGCCCGGGCGACGAAGUGUGGGGCGUGGUGUGGAGGCUGAGUGUGGCUGACCUGGAGUCCCUGGACAGUCAGGAGAACGUGACGCUAGGAGCCUACAGCCCGGUGGAGCUCUCUGUGAGGACCAGAGGAGAAGACCUGAGCUGCCGCACCUACAUCAUGAACAGCUGUGUUUACGCCCCACCAUCUCCACAGUAUCUGAAGGUGAUCGUGAUGGGAGCAGCACAGAACGGUUUGCCUCAGGAUUACCAGGACAAACUGCGAGCCAUAAAGACCAACAUGUACGAGGGUCCUCUGCCCGUGAUGGAGGAGCUGGAGCGGGCGUGGCACAGGGUCGCACACAGCUCCGUACCCUUAUGA